AUGUACUACAUAUCAUCUCUACUGUUCUUGGUACCCAUUGCUUUCGCUCAAACAUGUUCGAAUUACGGUAUAUCAUCGUCAGAUUCGACAUGUUUAUGUCCACCUGGAUUUAAUGUCCCUUCAUCAGAUUGUGAUCUCCCUAUCUGUGGAGGUAAUUUGUACGAGCCUGGAAAUGCUGCUCCUGGAGGUACAGGUGGAUAUGGUAAUGUCACUUCUUGUGAAUGUACUCAAGGUUUUACUGGUCCGGGAUGUACAGUCUGUACUUCUUCAUCAGCAUGUUCGAAUUCACUAAACAAAUAUCUUACUUCAUCCAACUCAAAUUCAAAUUCGAUUAAUGCUUCACCUGGAUUAAAUACAACUAUCACAUGUUCUGAUUCACCUGUCGUCUAUUCUUCUUCCCAAUUAUCAUGUUCUGUUAUUCAAAGUACACUUCAAGCUCUUUUCCCCGGAUCUUCAACAGCCACUAUAACCAGAUCCCUCAAUACCUCGCUGACGCCAGGAAGUGAAAACACCUUGACUCAAGCUGGGUUGAUAAGUGGGGAUGGACAAGUUGGGAUGGAAUUAUGGUAUGAAGGUGUAGAACAAUUCUACUGUAAAGCCUCAAGUUGUACUCAAAACGUACAAUCUCCAAUAGAUCAAGAUCCUAAUAACAGUGCGACAAAUUCAAGUACUUGGAAUUGUCCAACAAUGAAUUGUACUUGUAGAACCAAUACUUUAUUCUGUGGAGGUGGAACUUCGCCAUCCCAAAAUCUUACAGGAGCUAUCAAUACACUUUCAGGUCCAUUGACGAUAGACUGCUCAUCAUCAUCGAAAAGUUGUAAUUUCAAACAAUCCUUUCUGGUUGCUUUAUUCGGUACCAACGGAUUAGAAUUAUCUUCUUGUUCCUAUGGUGAAUGUGUUCAACAAUACGUUAUAGAUCAAGCAUUAGGAAUCGCUACUGUCGUCUCUCCGAAUAAUGGAUUAGGUGGUGGUGUAAUCGCUGGAUUGGCUGUAGUUGGAGUUAUAUUAUUAGCUAUAAUAGGAACGGUUAUUUGGGGUAUCAUAAUGAGGAACAAAGCAAGAAGAUUGUCAAAUAUCAAUGCUACGAAUGGAAUCGUCCAGAAUAAAGGUAAAGUCGGUAUUGAAUGGAAGGAUAUCACUUAUCAAAUUAAAACAAAUUCAAAUUCAAGUAAUUGGUCUUGGACUAAUAUAUACAACCAUUUCAAAGGUACCAAAUCCAGAUCCAAUUCCAACCCAUCUUCAAGUAAAGAAAUCGAUGGAUCUGGUGAGAAAGCUAUAAGACCCAUCGGUCCUGGUGGAAACAAGAUAAUCCUGAAUGAUUCGAGUGGAUUUAUAGAACCGGGUGGAUUCGCUUGUAUAUUAGGUCCAAGUGGUGCUGGUAAAUCCACUUUGGUAGAUAUCUUAGCUGGAAAAAGGAAGGAAGGAAUACUUUGCGGUUCAGUCGGAUUCACCAGAGAGGGAGGUAGUGAACAUAGGGUCAAAGUGGGAUAUGUGGAUCAAGCCGACAUACUUUCACCAACGUCAACAGUCCUAGAAACGUUAGUCUUCGCAGCUCAACUGCGUUUACCUGAAUCCAUCGCCUCAGCAGCUAAGACCGAAAGAGCACACACAGUACUUUCUCAGCUUCAUCUGGAUCAUAUAGCUUCUACCAGAAUAGGUUCAUCUGAGCAUCGUGGUAUAUCAGGUGGAGAAGCUAGGAGAGUAUCCAUUGGAAUCGAACUAGUUUCUUCGCCUGAUAUAUUAGUACUUGACGAACCUACAUCAGGAUUAGAUUCAGUUUCAGCUUCAAGAUUAAUUAGAUUGCUGAAAGAUCUAUCUGAAAAAGGAACCACAAUCAUCGCUUCGAUUCAUCAACCUUCUUCUUCAUUAUAUCAAGCUUUUGAUACUGUCAUCUUACUGAGUCAAGGUAAUCAAUUAUACUUCGGUAAAGGUGGUAUUGAACCCAAGACAUUUUUCGAGAAGAAAGGUAAAAGAUGUCCUGAAGGAUAUAACAUCGCAGAUUAUCUAUUAGAGAUAGCGAGUGGAGAAAAUACUUUGACCCCAGCCAACUCUGGUUCUGGCAGUGAUGAAACGUUUUCAGCAAACAACCACGACGGUGAUGAUAGAAUAACGACUAUAAGAUCUACUUCUAUCGAAGGAAGUGAUUCUCCAUUAAAUGAGAAGGCAAUUACAUAUCCACCCACAGGUGUAUUACUUUCUCCUGAAACGAAUAUGGGUGAUGGAGGUAGAGGGGAAAAAUCGUGGUACAAAUGGCCCACAAAUCACUGUGCGACUACUUUCUUGACUCAAGUAGAAAUCCUAAGCGGAAGAGAAUGGAGGAAUCUCAAAAGAGAUAAAACAUUACUUGUGGCUCAUAUUCUUCUUUCGUGCAUAUUGGGUGUAUUCGCGGGCGGACUAUAUUAUAAAGUAGGAGUAACGAUUGCAGGAUUUCAAAACAGGGUUGGAAGUUUAUUCUUCCUAGGUUCUUUGAUUGCCUUUUCCUCCUUAAGUGCUUUAUAUAAUUUGGUAGAAGUUCGAGGUUUGUUCUUGAGAGAAAGAGCAGGAGAAUUUUAUUCACCGCAAGCAUGGUUACUUUCACGAGUCAUCUUCGACAUCAUCCCGCUGAGAUUGAUACCGACUAUUGUAGUCAGCAUAAUCGUCUAUUUCAUGGUCGGUCUAUCUCAUGAUGUUGCGCGAUUCUUCAAAUUCCUUUUGAUAAUAGUAGAAUUCUCGAUGGGAAUGACGUUGUUUAAUUUCCUCUUAGCAUGCUUAUUCAGGAAUGGAGGAGUUGCUAUCCUUUUAAGCUCUUUAUGCAAUUUAUUCUUGAUGACUUAUGCCGGGUUUUUCGUGAAUAUAUCACAGAUUCCACCUGUUUUAAGAUGGUUGAGGUAUUUCUCGACUUUAGGUUAUACACUGGAAGCUUUAAGUGUGAAUGAGAUCGCAAGUGGAUUACAGAUUAUUGAUUCUUUAAAUGGAGUCAAAGUCGAGAUUGGUGCUCAAAUCAUCAUGCAGACUUUAUUCGGCUUCGGUAUGGAUAAUUAUUACAGGGAUGUGUUGAUUUUGUUCGCUUUCAUAGCUGGAUUUACAUUAUUAUUAGUUUUCAUAGUUGUUUACAUACUCCGGGAAAGGCGAUGA